AUGGACAGUCAGGACAGUCAGCCAGCCUCCAUUACCAUGGACAGUCAGGACAGUCAGCUAGCCUCCAUUACCAAGGACAAUCAGGACAGACAGCUAGCCUCCAUUACAAUGGACAGUCAGCUAGCCUCAAUUACCAUGGACAGUCAGGACAGUCAGCUAGCCCCCAUUACCAUGGGCAGUCAGGACAGUCAGCCAGCCCCCAUUACCACGGACAGUCAGCCAGCCUCCAUUACCACGGACAGUCAGCUAGCCUCCAUUACCACGGACAGUCAGCUAGCCUCCAUUACUACUGACAGUCAGCUAGCCUCCAUUACCAUGGACAAUCAGGACAGACAGCUAGCCUCCAUUACAAUGGACAGUCAGCUAGCCUCAAUUACCAUGGACAGUCAGGACAGUCAGCUAGCCCCCAUUACCAUGGGCAGUCAGCCAGCCCCCAUUACCACGGACAGUCAGCUAGCCCCCAUUACCACGGACAGUCAGCUAGCCUCCAUUACCACGGACAGUCAGCUAGCCUCCAUUACCACGGACAGUCAGCUAGCCUCCAUUACCACGGACAGUCAGCUAGCCUCCAUUACCACGGACAGUCAGCUAGCCUCCAUUACCACGGACAGUCAGCUAGCCUCCAUUACCACUGACAGUCAGCUAGCCUCCAUUACCACUGACAGUCAGCUAGCCUCCAUUACCACGGACAGUCAGCUAGCCUCCAUUACCACUGACAGUCAGCUAGCCUCCAUUACCACUGACAGUCAGCUAGCCUCCAUUACCACUGACAGUCAGCUAGCCUCCAUUACCACUGACAGUCAGCUAGCCUCCAUUACCACUGACAGUCAGCUAGCCUCCAUUACCACUGACAGUCAGCUAGCCUCCAUUACCACGGACAGUCAGCUAGCCUCCAUUACCACUGGACAGUCAGCUAGCCUCCAUUACCACUGACAGUCAGCUAGCCUCCAUUACCACUGACAGUCAGCUAGCCUCCAUUACCACUGACAGUCAGCUAGCCUCCAUUACCACUGACAGUCAGCUAGCCUCCAUUACCACUGACAGUCAGCUAGCCUCCAUUACCACUGACAGUCAGCUAGCCUCCAUUACCACGGACAGUCAGCUGCCUCCAUUACCACGGACAGUCAGCUAGCCCCCAUUACCACGGACAGUCAGCUAGCCCCCAUUACCACGGACAGUCAGCUAGCCCCCAUUACCACGGACAGUCAGCUAGCCCCCAUUACCACGGACAGUCAGGACAGUCAGCUAGCCCCCAUUACCAUGGACAGUCAGCUAGCCUCCGUUACCAUGGACAGGACAGUCAGCCAGCCUCCAUUACCACGGACAGUCAGCUAGCCUCCAUUACCAUGGACAGUCAGGACAGUCAGCCAGCCUCCAUUACCACGGACAGUCAGCUAGCCCCCAUUACCAUGGACAGUCAGCUAGCCCCCAUUACCAUGGACAGUCAGCUAGCCCCCAUUACCAUGGACAGUCAGCUAGCCCCCAUUACCAUGGACAGUCAGCUAGCCCCCAUUACCAUGGACAGUCAGGACAGUCAGCUAGCCCCCAUUACCAUGGACAGUCAGCUAGCCCCCAUUACCAUGGACAGUCAGGACAGUCAGCUAGCCUCCAUUACCAUGGACAGUCAGCUAGCCCCCAUUACCAUGGACAGUCAGGACAGUCAGCUAGCCUCCAUUACCAUGGACAGUCAGCUAGCCUCCACUACCAUGGACAGUCAGGACAGUCAGCUAGCCUCCGUUACCAUGGACAGUCAGCUAGCCUCCGUUACCAUGGACAGUCAGCUAGCCCCCACUACCAUGGACAGUCAGGACAGUCAGCUAGCCCCCAUUACCAUGGACAGUCAGCUAGCCCCCAUUACCAUGGACAGUCAGCUAGCCCCCAUUACCAUGGACAGUCAGGACAGUCAGCUAGCCCCCAUUACCAUGGACAGUCAGGACAGUCAGCUAGCCCCCAUUACCAUGGACAGUCAGGACAGUCAGCUAGCCCCCAUUACCAUGGACAGUCAGGACAGUCAGCUAGCCCCCAUUACCAUGGACAGUCAGCUAGCCCCCAUUACCAUGGACAGUCAGGACAGUCAGCUAGCCCCCAUUACCAUGGACAGUCAGGACAGUCAGCUAGCCCCCAUUACCAUGGACGGUCAGCUAGCCACCAUUAACAUGGACAGUAAGGACAGUCAUUGUGUAACUCAAUUAUGUUACUUAUAGAUUAUUUGGAUAUGAAGCGCAAAAAUGCUAAUAUAGGUACCAUUGACUUGCAUUGGAAAUGAUAAAAAGUUCGCAGUGGCCAUGUAAACAAAACUCCUACAGAAGACGCCUUCGUCCAAUGACUUAUGUGUAAUGUAAUGGAGCUGAGAGUCAUGAUCAAGCGCCAGGCGUGGGAGACAGAAAGACAGAGAUGGGGAGGUCUCUCCUCUGCUCUGCAGAAGAAGAGGGAGAUGGAAUAGAGAAGGUGGGGACCGACGUUGCUAGAUUGUUCAAACAAUAAGGAUAGGUGGUAAACGUAAGAACAGUCGUAGGCAGCGAUUCUCACCUGAACCUUCCUCCGCAGUGUUGGCAUUGGUCCCCGACCCAGCCGGGGCUGCACACACAGUUGCCCGUUGCCGUGUUGCAUUGCCCAUUCAUGCACGGUUUAUCGCAUUCUUUCGCAUCGGUGAUAGCGGGCAGUCCAAGGAGCAGGCCGAACGCGGAGAAAAGGAGCAGUGUUUGGAGCAUCAAGCCCCGGCCACCGACCUCCACCAGCCCGCUGCUCAGGCUCAGGCUCCGGCUCCGGCUGCAGCCAGCAUCACAGCAGGCCCUCCGCCGUAUCGCCCCGUCCAUUCUCACCAAAUACGUCUACUGCUUGAAACAGGUCGGCGCCACCAGCGACCGGUUUGGUUUUCAAACUCUGUGGUAA